AUGACUGAUGAAGGAGGAAGACAGGAGAAAACCUGUAUUGUUAGGGACCAGAUUCAAUUAUUAUCUUCUUUUGCAGAUUUUGGUGGAGUUCAGGUGUUGGCAACAGGAAAAUCGGCACUUGUGGAAAUAGAUAUCAAAUAUGCCCUCAUUGGCACUCUUUUGGGAGUCAUUAUCUCUGCUUGUUUUCUAGCAUUAAAGAUUUGUAUGAUCAGAAGACAUAUGUUUGAUAAUGACUCUUCAGAUACAUCCACCCGGAGAAAGAGCAACACAAGAGAUGGUCAAGUGAUCGAACUCUAACUGGCAACUGUUCUCCAAUGGGGUGUCAUUGGCUUGGACAAGGAAUACCCCUCCUGUUUCCAUAGGUGCCUGUGGAUCAGCACAGAAGUUUCACAUUCAAGACUGUUAAUUCACCAGGGAUCAAAAACAACAUGUUAGCUGACAGAGACAAAUGAGCAGAAGGAAAAGAUUCUUAAGUGCAUUUAUUUAAAAAAAUAAAAGAGGAAGUGCUUUCCUUCCUAAAUGAGGAUGAUGGCCAGCUGUAGGGCAAGAGUUUGAGUUGUUUUGUUGUUAAUGGGGAUGGAUUUGAACUGACCUAUGCAUAUAAUAUCCCCCAAUUCCUUUUAUAACCAACAGCUUACAUUUGCAAGAGGGAUCAUGGGUAUAAUCUAUUGCUAUGGAACAUAGGGGAAAAAAAGCAAUCAACCAUCUCACUCCAGUAUCAGACCUACAAACUUAGCCUCAUCAGCACUGUGAUCUAAUGAAUGGCAUCCUCAUCUGCCUUAUAAAUCACUUUCCUUGUUAAAGUCUAACCCCCUCAAUUCAUAGUUGAGGAAACUAAG